CUAAACUAUAAUAAACUCUCCUUUUUUUCAUAACUUCUUUGCAUGCAUAAAACAUUAACCAUGCACAAAAUACUGGUGUGCAUAGUAGAAAGAAGAAAGGUUUAUAGAUGCAAUAGUUGAAGGGGACAUAAUUUCAACCAUUUAGAUGCAGAAAUAGUGAGACUUAGGUGGAGCUUGAUUUGGGUAAGCCCUUUGCAAUCUCUGGAAUUUCUAAAAUUCUCUUUUUGUCACAUCAGUGAAGAAAAAAAAAAUUACCCCAAUCAAAUGUGACCUGAUUAUUAAAAUGUGAACCGCACGGCUGUAUAAUAUUCCUCCUUUAUGUCUUUCCCCUUCGCACAGUGGAGAAUAUUUUUAUUUAGGUACUGAUGCAGAAUAUGGUGUGCUUUAUAUGAAAAGUGUUUUUGUUCUUACUUAAGAAUGAUGGAACUCUUCCUUGCCUUUUCUGUAGUUCCUGUUUUUUUUUUUUUUAAAUUUUAUAACUUUUUCUUGUUUCUUGUUUGUAUUUACCUAAAUGGAGCAAAUAAUUUUACUUUGGAAUAUAUCGGUCCAAGUUGCAUCUUGUCGGUAAAACAGGUUUUUUUUUUGGGGGGGGGUAAAAAAUAGGGCUGUGUGGUUGGACCGACAAAACCAGCGGGUUAUCAAAGAUAACAUUCGGCAAACCGUUCCGACGACUUGAUCGGUACAACCAACCAUCGGCAAACCGGCCUUGGUUGAUCUGGUAGCAGUUCCUAAUAUGGUCUUCCUCCAGUUGUUGGUUAUGAGCAUUUGGUGUGGUGUGGUUACCACACCGAACACAACCCCAGUUAAAAAUGUAAAGCAGGCUAGUUUCAAACAAAUUUGUUAAAUGUAGCAAAGUUUGAUUGAUGUUAUUUGGGCUUCCAGAAGCAAACCUCCUUUUUUUUUUUUUUCUUUUUUUUAAUGUAAGGCAAACUGACUUUGGAUAUAAUAAAAUGGUGCAGUCAAGCCUCCAAAAUAGAAGCUCAAUUUCUUCGUCUAGCAACCAACAAAUUUCAGAAUAGUUCGAAACGUUGAAAACCAUUUUGAACUCUCAUGCAUAUAUAAAAGUUCAAAACCCUACAAACCAACAUACCAACAUGAAGGAAAAACAGGUGACAAAAAUGGCCACCAAUGAAGAAGAGGAAAUUCACUCCCAAUAUGCUAUGCAAUUAGCAAGCGCAUCACUUGUGCCUAUGGUGCUCAAAGCAGCCAUAGAGCUUGGAGUGUUUGACAUACUGCACAGAGCUGGCCCUGGAGCCCUGCUUUCAGCCACCCAAAUAGCAUCUCUGCUUCCCUCUAACAACAACCCAGGUGCCGAUUUGGUUCUUGAUCGUAUGCUUCGCCUUCUGUCUGCUUACUCUGUUCUCGCUUGCUCUGUCACCUCACACCAAACUGAUGGGGAGGCUCUCAGGCUUUAUGGGCUGUCACCUGUCUCCAAAUAUUUCAUCAAAAACCAAGAUGGUGUGUCAUUGGCACCUUUACUAUAUUUGUGCAAUGACAAGGUCACCAUAGAUAGCUGGUUCCAUUUGAAAGAUGCAGUUUUGGAAGGAGGGCUUCCAUUUAGCCAGGCCUAUGGAAUGAAUGUGGUGGAGUACGUUGGGAAGGAUGAAAGAUUUCGGGGAGUGUUCAAGGACUCAAUGAAAGAGUUCAACCCCAUUUUUAUGAAGAAGAUUUUGGAGACUUAUAAGGGUUUUGUAGGUCUAAAAACACUUGUAGAUGUGGGUGGUGGUGAUGGUACUAUCCUUAACAUGAUAAUCUCCAUGUACCCUGCCAUCAAGGGUUUCAACUAUGAUUUGCCUUCUGUUGUAGAAAAGUCUCCCUCCCAUCCUGGUAUAGAGCACAUUGCAGGAGAUAUGUUCGUAAGGAUUCCGAAAGGAGAUGCCGUUUUCAUGAAGUGGAUGCUACAUGGCUGGGAUGACAAACAUUGCUUGAUGAUACUGAAGAAUUGCUAUGAGGCCUUGCCAGACCAUGGGAAAGUGAUACUGGUGGAUAUGGUGGUACCAGAAGCCCCUGAAACUAGUCUUUCUGCUAGCAGUUUGUUUCAGUUUGAUGUGUACCUGAUGAACACUAAUGCGAUGGGAAAGGAGAGAACAGAGAAAGAAUUAGAAAGUUUGGCAAAAGAAGCAGGGUUUUCAAACAUUCGAGUUGCAUGUUCUGCUUUUACUUUUUCAGUCGUUGAGCUGUUUAAAAACGUGUAAUAUCCAGUUGGAUGUGUUUUAUUUUUCAUUAAUUACUCUUCUUUUCUUUUCAA